AUGUAUAUAUUUAACAUUCUGAAUUAUAUUUCUGAAUAUUGUGCAAAUAAUAGAAAGGUCACUGAAAUUUCCAUGUGUCCAACAGAUCAAACAAGAAUUUUAGUGACCACUCCACAAUUAGCUCUACAUCAUAAUAUUGAUGUUUCUAAUUUGAAUAUUUUAGCUGUUGAUGAAAUGAAUUUAAUGUUGGAAUUUGGAUCUGAUUGUAGGAAGUGUAUCAAAUCAAUUUUCAAACAAUUACCAGAUAAAACCAGAAUAAUCUGUACUGGAUGUGAAAUGCCUCCUCCUGAAUGUUAUAUUCAUGAUAAUCAUUUGAAAAAUGCAACAAUAGAACAAAGUAGAAAGGAAUUGAAUGAAUUAAUUAUUGAGACAUUUGUCUAUUGUCCAAAACCAAAUCAGAAACUCGACUUGUUGAAACAGUCCCUCUUCAAUAUCUCCGAUUUUUGCAUCUUUUUCUGCAAUUCACAUAACAGAGUAGCUCAAUCAUUCAAUUCCCUGAAGGAGAUUUAUCCAACUCUCCAAAUUGCUCCACAACAAUAUGAUGUUUUAAAAGAGAGAUUUCACUCCUUCACUCGGUCAACAAUACACCUCAUUGGAACUGAAGAGGAUUGGUUAGGAAUUGAUGUUCCUUGGUGUAAUUGUAUUGUACAUUUUGAUGUGGUGUGUGAUGAGACUAAAAGUCGAUUGAGAAGUGGACGAUGUGCCAGAUUUACGAGAAGUGGAAGAGUACUCUAUCUUCCCUCAACAUUGGAAGAGUUGGAUUUUGUUUCAGGAUUGAUUCUUGGAUCAGCUAAUUGUAAAUAUCAACGAAUCAUGAUGAGUAAUGUGCUCUAUUUGGAUGUUGAGUUUUUGUUUUGUUAA